AUGACGCAUGAUAGUCAACCACAGAUCGACGAAAGCUUUAAGCAAAAUGAAGAUGCAGAGGCGUGUCGACCUGCUGUCGAAGAGCCAGAAUGGAAGGCAAGCAAAGAGGUGUUUCAAGUCCUCUUGUGUCUGUCUAUCAUCGGGAUCAUGGCUUCAUUGGAUAUGACAAUUUUUCUACCCAUUCUCCCACUUAUCGCCAAGGAUCUUAACGGCGAUGCUACCAGCACAUUGUGGGUGGGCAGCGCGUACCUGGUCCCUUGUGCAGGGUUUCAACCUAUAUGGGCCUCUCUUUCCGAUAUAUACGGCCGAAGGAAAGCGCUCAUUGCCGCGCUGGGCCUCUUCGUGAUCGGUUCCAUCGUGGGAUGCGUCGCUCACAAUAUGGCUACCCUCUUAGCUGGUCGUGCGAUUCAGGGCGUGGGCGGCGGUGGUCUCAUUCCACUAGCGAUGAUCAUUAUCACUGAUCUGGUCCCAUUGCGUCAACGGCCCAAGUACGCUGCCAUCGUUCAGGUGUCUAUGGCAUUGGGGACUAUCCUCGGCCCUUUGAUCGGUGGCUGCUUUGAGGAGUAUACCAGUAGCUCCACGGGAUGGCGCUGGGUCUUCUAUAUCAAUUUCCCUCUCUCUGUUCUAGCGGGGGUGAUGCUCUUCGCCUCAGUUCGGUUUCAGAAAGGUGGGGUGCAGCUUCGCUCAGUUGAUUGGAUCGGUCAGGUCUUGUUUAUUGCAAGUAUUUCUAUCUUUUUGAUCGGCCUUUCGUGGGGCGGAGUGCAGUACUCGUGGGGAAGUUACCAGACGUUGAUCCCGCUAUGCCUUGGCGUGGUUGGUAUCAUCGCAACGGCACUUUGGGAGUUCUUUGGAACUAGCCACCCCUUCAUCAGGCUCUCCAUCCUCACAGACCGAUCCUCCUUGGCGGUGUAUGCAGCCGCUAUUGUCCAGGGCACUAUAAUGUACGGUUGCCUCUACUAUCUCUCUCUGUGGCUAGAGGCUAUCAAGUUUGAAUCUGGUGUCAUGACUGGAGUUGGCCUUUUACCCGUUUCCGUUGCCCUCAUGCCCACGAGCAUAGUGAUCGCCUUCGUCAUUUCCAAAACUGGUCGUUACCGCUGGGCCCUCUGGCUCGGAUGGGUGGCUACAGUCGCAGCCACUGGCGUAACCAUCAUCCUACACAGACACACCAGCACAGCGUCCUGGAUCUUCAUCUUCGCCUUCGUAGGCUUUGGUCACGGAGUGUUGUUCAACGCACUGUUGGUCGCCGCACAGGCCUGCGCACCAGCCAAGGAUGUGGCAUACGCCGCUUCAAUGUACACCUUCUUCCGAACGUUAGGUUUUGCCAUCGGUGUUAUCAUUGGCUCGACAGUGCUACAGAAUUUCAUGGCGACAAAACUGAGCGAAUUGGGCCUUCCGACUUCUAUCGCCCAAAAUGCGGAAGGUUACAUCAGCACAGUUAAAACCCUGCCCGCUGGUUCUUUGCGCGAAGGUGUUUUGGAUGCGUAUGUGUAUGGUUUGGACUCUAUUUUCGAGGUCAUGACGGGCAUUGGGGCUCUUGGUCUUCUAGCUACGCCACUCGUUGCUGGUCGCACGAUGAAUAAGGCUUUGGAGACAGAUCAUAUCUUGCAAGAGUCGAAGAAUAUGCAAAAAUCGAAGGAUUUGGAGGAAACGAAGGAUUUGGAGGAAUCGAAGGGCUUGGAGGAAUCGAAGGGCUUGGAAGAAUCGAAGGGCUUGGAAGAAUCGAAGGGUUUGGAAGUGUCGAUGAGCUUGAAAGAGUCGAAGGGCCUGGAAGAGUCGAAGGGCCUGGAAGAAUCCAAGAGUCUGGAAGAACUGAAGAGCUUGGAAAAGUCGAAAGGCGACUUGAAUUAA